AUGAUCAACAACAACAACAAGAACAAUAUUAGAUACAUGACGACUACAUCUGAUGAUAAGAAGACAACAAUGGCACCACCAAAGAUGCCAUUCUUCCCAAAGGAUGAUGCACCAAUUGACUUUGACUUGAUUUCAAAGGAACUCAAUGUUCCAAUCACGGAGAAGGGAAUCAGCCUCGACCCUCAGAUGCUCGAGAAGUUUGGCGUGGAGAACAUCAAUGUGAGCGAUCAGCACGACACGAUGAAGAUGCUGGAGCAGCUGCUGCGAUACGACGAGGGCAAGAAGUACGUCAACCUGUUGAUCAGCGACAUCAAGUCAACGUUCAACAUCGACUCGGACGAGAACAUGAAGAUCAAGCUCGACACACUCAACACAGAGUACUCGCUCAAGCUGGGCGUGCCCAGCAUCGAAGCGUUCAUCAAGGAGCACAACACGAUCGAAUCGAUGACGCCUGAGCAGAACAAGAUCGUCAGGAUGUACUUUGAGCGUCACCCAUACGUCAAGCACAUCCGCCAGACGGGCAUGAUCGUCGACCUCGUCAACCUGGUGCAGGUGUACAACACGACGGACGCGGCGACCUUCCAGGAGAAGUUCGACCAGAAGUUUAAGUUCUCUGCCGACGCCGACCAGCAGCCCGCCAGCCGCGAGGCCGAGCUGUCCUUCCACGACAGACAGUACAUCGAGCAGGGCAACAGCGCCGACGAGCACUUUGCCACGUCCACACUGCAGCAGGAGCAAUACGACAACAUGCUCAAGCUGAUCAAGUCGGACGCACUGCCCGCCUACCUCGACAAGUUGUUCACCGACGCACAGAAACAGAUAUUGCAGCCCAGCACGGUCCUGGCCAACGAGCAACAAAAGGAGGCCGAUGAUGCCAAAGAGCGUCUGCUCAAGUUGGAGGGCUUUGAUGGCCCCGAUGAGCGCGAGAUAUAUCCCGACGUGGACCUGACGAGGCCUGUCGAGUACCAACAUCAGGCCAAGGAUCCAAAGGGUUUCCUCAAGUAUUACAACCUCUAUCCACAGAAAGUUAAGCAAUGGGUCGACUACACUCAUACACCAUUGGGAUUCUUCACCAACCUUGGAGUCUGGUACAACUUCCCAGAGUGGUACGCCAAGAUCUACCCUGCAAUGCAGCCAGAGCAAUUGGUUACGAGUGGCGAGACCAACUUUGGAGAGCAGAGCCAGAUCCCUGAGGACUUGAGGAGUGUGUACCGCUUUGGCGUCACGCCAGAGGAGGCAGCCAUCCUGCAUCCCAAGCUCAGGGAGUUCCUGUCGUUCCGUAACGCCGACCAGGGCGAGAUCAACGCCUAUCGUCGCCAGGUGUGCGUGCAAAAGUACGGCAACGACGAGGCCGACACUGGAUCCGCCUCUGUACAAAUCGCAAUCUUCACCGAGCGCAUCAAAUACCUCGAGGCACACGUCUCGAAGAACAGGAAGGACAACCUGGCCAAGCGCAGGAUAAUGCUGCUGCAGUCCCAGAGGAAGUCCAUGCUCAACUAUCUGAAGAGAAAGAACGUCGAGGAGUACUUCCGCAUCACAAAGGACUUGAAGAUCAGAAACACCCUCUAA